ACAACCUCUCGUCAGCAAACAGCUGCAUGCAACAGGCGGCUUGGCAGUUGGGGCCUUGGUGGGUGGGCGCCGGUCUUCCUGGCUGCUUCUGCGUCAGCCGCCCGCGUUUCCCGCACCGCGCCAGUGACAUGUGCCGCCGCCUAUAUCAUCGCCCCGUUCACUGUGGCCCCCUUCGUGACACUCGUGCACUCACGGAUCGGGAUGGAAGGCGACGAGCGCGACGCCGGCGGCCGCGAGCUGAACGCCGCCGCGGCCAGCUUCACCGAGGACCUCGUGUUGGAGAUCCUGUCAUGGCUGCCCGCCAAGGCGCUCCACCGCUUCAAGUGCGUCUCCCGGCAGUGGUUCGGCCUCAUCUCGAACCCCGACCACCGCACGAAGCUGGACCAGACCCUCGCCGGCUUCUUCUACAUCGGAUACACCUGCGGCGGCCCCAAGGACAUCCCGGUAAAGUCCCUCCGCUUCAGCAGCGCGCGCGCGGGCCCGGGUGGCCCGCCGCCCCUGAUCGAUCCCUCCGUCCUCUCGGCCCCUCGCUUUUGCGAGAACGUCCACCGCGUCGACUGCAGCAACGGCCUCCUCCUCCGCUGCUGGAAGCCCGGGGCGCGGAACGGGUUCUGCUACGCCGUGUGCAACCCCGCCACCGAUGAGUGGGCCGCCUUGCCCGACUCCCCGACCUGCGGCGCGGGGUGCUGCACCGUCCGCCUGGCAUUCGACCCCGCCGCCUCCCCACGCGUCUUCCGCGUCUUCGAGUUCGCGAGCGGCGCCGGCCCGCGCGGGCGCACCACCACGGUGGAGAUCUACUCGUCGGAGACGGGGGCCUGGACCCACAGGGAGUGCGGGUGGGAGAACGGCGCCGGGGUCACCCUGCGGGAUGAGUCGAGCAGCGUCUUCUUCGAUGGCAUGCUGCGCCUGGCCCCUAUCAACCCCGUGAUCGUGGCUGUGGACGGCGACGGGAAGACGUGGACGAGCGCCCCCAAGCCGUCGGACCCAGACGACGACGGCUUCCUCGGUGGCCCGGCGCCUGGGUUCAUCGCCCAGUCCCAGGGCCGCCUCCAUUUCCUCAACACACUGGAGUACGACCACAUGAAAUUGUGCGUCUGGGAGCUCGACGACAGUGGCGUCUGGGCCAAGAAGCACAGCGUCAACCUCCGGGAGCUGUUUGCUGGGAGGUGGGACUACAGGGUCGGGCUCAAGUACAGCGUCAUUGGGAUCCAUCCAGACUGCAACAUCGUCUACUUCCUCCAGGGGGAGAACCAUACACUGGUGUCCUACGCCAUGGCUCGCGGCGAAGGCUGCGUAAUUCGUGAUCUUGGGUACACCAACUACGUGCCAUAUCUCCCGUAUGUCCCCUUGUUCUCGGUCUCGCUAGCGCUCUAGCGCAUGAGAUGAGAAGAGCUGAGAGUGUUACUUCCAGCUUGCUUAAUCCAUAGUGGUGAUUUCGCAAUGGUCGGGUAUUCGACCUGGAUGAUAUGGAUGUCUGUUACUCAGCUCUAGCUAUGGAGUAAAGACUUGGGUAUCGUUUUGAAUCUGUUGUUCCUUUUGGUUGCACUCAGAGUCUCAGAUGCAUAUCUGCUUGUGUUUCUGAUUAGUGUGGUCGGUUCUUGUAAAAAUAAAAUCAUGUAAGCUGGUUUUGCACUGGCUAAUAAUUCAGUGAACUUUGU